AUGGCUAAUAACCUUUCUCGAACUCCUUUAUCUACGCUACACUAUUUUCUCGCUGGGAUUUACCGCUCUAUUUGCGCCUAUCUGGUGCCUUUAGAUAAGAUUACCGCACAGCUAUUCUCGCCCCAGAACUAUACUUAUAAUAUCCUUACAAAACUCUGCAAGAACCCUACUACCCGAGAGGAAUUUGGCUUAGAUAAUAGAGUUAAGUUUGACAAUUAUAUAAAUACUCUCGAUCCAACUAAGACUAACCUAUCUCUACUAACUAUAUACCGGUGUUCUAGACCAGAUCAAUUUUAUAUACGCUGGAUUGAUAGUAAGAGAUAUACCCUUCUUACUACAGUCGAGUAUAAGCCAUCUCAUAAGCUCUCCGUUAAGAAUCUUCGCGCAGGAUUGCGAGAUAUAAACUUCUGGAAAAAGAUAGUCCAACCGAAUUCUAUUCCUACAAAGAAAUCUACAAAAUUAGCGUAUAAUAUAGCCUGGCUGACCAGAUUCGCUGUGACUCAAGAGUACUAUAUAAUAAUCUAA